UAUAUUGAUGGAUGAAAAUUAUUCUGAAUAAUGUGACUUGCAAUUUUAAUUGAAAGCUUUUCCAAAAUUAGUCAGACUGUAGUGUUGAAGGAAGGUGAACGUAGUUAGAUUUAGAACUGUUAGAAGUUAGAAGCUGGACAGAAUUUUGAAGCUGUAGUUUAUUUUAUGGGGCAGACAGAAUAUUUGGAACCUGAGAGUGUAAUAUAAAUUGAUGUAGUCGUAAUGAAAAUGGCCGAAUUACCGAAAUCUCCUUACUCUGCCCGUUCCAGGGCACCCAUAAAUGAAACUGGCGUAAAAUGGUGGGAGCUCUAUGGAGGAUCCACUGUAGCUAGCACGUCAACCUCGGAUCUAACUUAUGAACGUGACAAAACUUUAGCUACUGCAGAAAAAUCCUUCGAAGACAAAUCGACAUGCACCAAUACGCUAAAUGCACAAAGAGAGAUAGUAUCAAAGAUAUUUGAAAACCGAAGGAGCAAUGAUAUUAAAGACCCGAAGGAUAAAGUUUUAAAAAAAUGGAGGGAGGAGCAAGCCAAAGCGAAAUAUGAACAAGCAAGAAAAGCGGUUAUUAAUUCACUGAAAGAAAAAUUCAAAGAUGCCCCCCGUUCUAAUAUACGACCUAUAACAGGCGAAUGUAAAACAGAUAUUCGAAAAAUAGUUCCGACGAUUAUUAUAACCGGAGACAAUGCUGAAGGAACAUCAAAUUUGAAUGGGAAUCGGAAUGGGAGGACUGGUGGGGAUUUGGACUUAAUGGAUGUUAGUUGUAGAGUUGAAUUUCGUGGUGGUGCCGGCGAGGGUGCCUGUCACGCGAGGAGGCUUCAGAUGGGGCCAGGUAGUGAGCUGGCACAGUGGAGGCUUGCUCCUCGUGGCAGUAGGGCGGCGGGCGCGGAGGGCGGACUACGUGAGCUAGCGAGGGAAAAUAUGCCGUUGCCUGCAAGGGAAGGACUGACGACGCCGCGGAGCGCUCGCGCUCCUGUCGGCAGAAGGCCUACAGGUACCCUUCCCCAUCAGCGGCUCAAGAAGGAGAAGUCUCUGGACAGCCCUCCAGAAAUGGAUUCGCCAGUAGGAAGUUUGAGCAGCGAUUUGCGGAGACAAAAUGAAGAACUCCGCGCGCGUCUCGCUGGUGAAGCAGCUGAUCAUAAGCGCAGGCUUGACGCUUACCGUCGCGCUCAGCAGGGGCAGGCUGCGUUGGUAUCGAGGCUUCAGGCGAAGGUGCUCCAAUACAAACAGCGAUGUUCGGAGUUAGAGCACCAGAUGCUAGAAACGACUCCGCGUAGCGAUGUGUAUCGGCAGCCUAGCAAGACUAGCGUCGCGCUCCCGGCGUCGGCCGCUCUGCCCACUUCCUCCAGCUCGGAUACCCGUAGGGAUGAACGUAUCAAUGAUUUAGAGACAGCUUUGAGGCGGCUUGAUGAAGAGAAACGCAAAUGUCAGAAAUUAGUGGCCCAGAAUAAUUUGCUGCGAGACCAACUGGAGGAGUCCCAUCAGCUAAAUGAAGCUCUUACUGGGGAUCUUCAGAAGUUGACGAAUGAUUGGGAGGCACUACGUGAUGAAAUGGCCAUCAAAGAAGAUGAAUGGAAAGAUGAGGAGCAGGCUUUCAAUGACUACUAUUCAAGCGAACACAGUCGGCUACUAAGCCUUUGGCGUGAGGUAGUUUCUGUGAAGCGCUACUUCUCUGAACUGCAGUCUUCCACUGAACGAGACUUGUACUGUGUGAAGAACGAUUUGGAUUCAUCUGUUCGUGAACUUGUUGGCACAUUGACUGGAUACUCUAUUAACGCAUUUGCAGCACAGGGUAUGAAGCCCGACAUUCAAAAUCCUACGAGUCAGCAUGGUGCCAUGCAUCCCACUCAACCAGUGUCGACCAACGUGGGGCUGGAGGCGCUGCGUGUCGAAUUGCGGGACAUAUCGUCCCAGCGGGACACCGCGGUUGCUGAACUACGCGAGCGGGACGCUCGCAUACAGCGGCUGCUUGGGGAGCUACAGGGUCUGGAGGAGCGAUGCGACGCGGCGGAGACGAUGUGCUCAGAAGCUAAUGUAAUGCGAUCCGCAUUAGAAGAGGUUGCACGCGCGCUCAUACAAGACUCGGAGGCUGAUGUUACGCCUGUGCACUUGCAUCUCGCUGACAGAUCGCCGAAACGCAGCGUGCCCCAGUCUGCGAAUGCCACUGCGUUUGCGGAGAGCACAAUAUCGGCAGUGCAAGCAGCCUUACACAAGUACCAGAUACAAAUACAUGAGUUGCAGGUGAAACUGCAAAAUACAAGAGAGCAACUGAUGUCAAGUAGAAAACAUUGUGAAUCGGCUGACUCCACCGUUGCCUCUUUAGAAGGAAAAGUUCAGGAUCUUGAAGGUAAAUUAGAUCAAGCCAAUGCAGACCUCAGCCAGUUGUUGCAAGAGAAGGAGUCCAUGCAAAAGAGCCUGGAAGCACUCAGGAUAGACAAGAACAAUCUAGAACGGAACAGAGUCGAAAUAAAUGCAAUGGUCGAAUCACUAACGUCAGACUAUGAGAAACUGCAGAAGAUCAACUCUCGCCUCGAGAAGACGAUAGAGGCGCUAGAGAAUGAGAAGAGAGCAUUGAACUCCGAGGUUGACCAACUACACAGAGACGCGUCAGCUAGGGAAUCAGUUCUUAGGGCAGAAGAGGAGCGUUCGGCCCGUUUCCGCUCCGAGUUGGUUACGGUGCGCGAGGAGUUGAACAAAACUGCUCUCUGCCGAGACCUGCUCGACCAGCAGAAGCUCGAGGCUGAUGCUAUCAUAUCACAAAUGGAGAAGAAUAGAAGUGAGCUGGAGCUAGAGUUGGAACGCAAUAUAAUCGAGAGGGGCGACCUGCAGGACCUCGUGGAGAAGCUGGAGGCGGCUGUCAGGAAUCUGGAAGGCGACAAGAAGAAAUUGCAGGAUGAAGUUAAACAUUUGGAAGACGAGAAAUCAUCGCUCUCGAAUCAGUCGACUGAACAGCUUGGCGAUCUGAACUCGCUAAGGAAAGAGUUGUUAGCGGCCGAACAGAACAGGAUGGAGUUGGAGGCUGACAAAGUGUCGCUGUACGAGAAGAUCAAGUUCCUUGAGAGCGAGAGGGAAAAAGUGGAGUUGGAGUUGCGACAGGUUAUAAGGGAACGCGGCGAGCUGAGUUCGCAACUGACCGCAAUGGUUCGCAAGAAGGACACGCUGAACGAGGAGAUGAUACGGCUCCAGCAGCGACUGGAGCAGGCCAAUGAGACCAUUGGUCGCAUCAACCGAGCGUUGGAAGACCACGUUAAGGACGGCGAGGAGAAACAGAUCCUCAUAGAUAGCUUGGAGAAAGAUAAGCAGCAUCUGCAAGAACAGCUGGCAGGCGUGAGGUCUGAGAAGGACGCGCUGGAAGCGGUACUGUUCGAUACGGCCAACAUGCUGGAAGACGCGGAUAGCAAGAGAAAUAAGUUGGAGCAUGAGCUGCAGGAGAUGCUCGUGCAGCAAGAGAACUAUAAAGGUCAAAUUUCCCGGCUGACAAAAGACUUGGAGAAUUCUGAGAAGAAGUUACGAGAUACUCGGAACAGCAUGCAGCAGCAAUCGGGCAAGAAGGAGGCAGAGUACCAGCAGAUCAUCGCCAACAUCAACCGGACCACCACAGAGAAUAUCACUAAGCUGAAAGAGGAAAAGGAACAACUACGUCAGUCUCUCGAGCACAAACUGAACCAGACAAUAGCGACGCUGACAAGCGAGAAAGAAGCAUCGGAGGCGGUCGCGAGGGAGAGAGAAAAGAAGCUAUUGACGUCCCGCGAUCAACUCAUAUUGCAACACGAUGAGGCAAUGCUCAGAGCAGAGAAUGAUAAACAGCAGGCUUUGAUUAUGGCCCACCAGGAGCAGCAGGCGUUAGUGGAGCGUCUGGAAGAGUCCCGACGGGCGUUAGAGUCCGAGCAGGCCAAGCUAGAGCGCUGCCGCCGCGAGGGGGCCGCCCGCGCCGACCAGGACCGCGGACACAUCGCGCACCUCAAGGACGACCUCGCCGCGCUUAAGACCAGGCUCGAAGAGGCCAAGGCGACAGCAGAGGACGAGUGCACGCGGUACGAGAAUCGCAUCAAGGAGUUACACCUGGAGAAGGAGGCGUGCAACCGCGAGUGCAGCGAGGUGCGCGCGCAGCUCGCGCUCACCGAGGACAAGUACGACAGUGCGUACGCGCAGCUGCAGGACACCAUGCGCAAGCUCAAGGAGUUGGAGAACGAAGCGGAUAGCCUCCGUAAGGAGCUGACGGAUGUUCGGCGGCAGCUGACGGCGUGCUGCGCCGAGCGCGACAAGUACAGCGCCAGCUGCCGCGACCUGCGCGACCACGUCAAGCGCGCCGAGCACGAGCGGCGGGAUGCCGCCAGGGCUCGCGACGACGCCUACCACAAGAUCGCAGGCCUCGAGGAGACCCGUACAUCGCUGGAAUUGGAAAUAUCGCGCGUGCAGUCGCUACUGAAGGAGGCGGAGUCGGGCGGCGAACAUGUAUCGCGCGAGUUGCGUGCUACAGACGGACAGCUCAAGCGGGAACGGGCCGCGCUCGCGCAGGCACAGCACGACAUCAAGGAGCUGCAGUCCAGGUUACAGAACGAGAGCGAGGAACGAGAGCGAAUGUCUCAAGAGGCGGCGACUGCACGGCGACAUGGUGCUGAGCUGGAGGCACUGCUGGCCGCUGCCCGCGCGGACCUCGCCGCCGCACGGCAGCGGGGCGCCGAUCUGGAGGAGGCCUGUCGCGCGCGCGACCAGGAACUAGUGUUACGUCUCGAAGAUUGCCGCUCCAAGGAACGCCGUCUCGAAGAGCUCAAGCAUAAUUUGGAAGUUUGUUUGGCCGAUGCUACUCAACAGAUACAAGAACUCAAGGCGCGGCUGGGCGGGUGCGAGGGCCGCGGCCGCGCGCUGGAGGCGUCGCUGGGCCAGUGCGAGGCGGCGCGGCGCGACGCGGAGGCCAAGCUGUCGUCGGUGGCGCACGCGUUACGCCGCGUGUGCGGCGUGCAGCCCGACGGCAGCGUGCAGCCCGCCGCACGCCGCCGCCUCGCCAGCCCCGCCCGCAGAUACAGCCCGCAUAGAGGCCGCGAUCACUCUGAAGAUCGCAACGAGAUCAUAGAUGUAGACCCGGAGCUCAUCAAGAAAGGCGUUAGGAAUCUCAUGCACGAAGUUUGCCAGAUUGAACGUGAAAAGGACGACUACAAGUCUCAACUGAAUGUACUCAAGAAGCAGCUGAAAGAGGCGACCGAGCAACAAGGAAAGGGCGAGGGCAAGCUGCAGUCGGUGACCAGCAAUUUGCGCUCCAUACAGGAGGAGAAAGCUCGCAUGCAGACCGCGCUCGGACAGAAGGACGCUCAACUCAAUGCACUGAACGAAUCCGUUCAGACGAAGACAGUGGAGAUCAGCAACCUGAGAGAUAAGAUCACCAGCAUCGAAGCGGCGCUCAGUUCUGUUGCCGAGGAGAAAAUACAGAACGAGAACAAGGCAGAAAGUCUCCGCGUGCAACUGGCCGAGCGCGUGCAAGAAGUGGGACAGUUGCGGGAGGCGCUGGCCGCCGCUGAAAGCCGCGCGGCGCGCCUGGACGUGCGGCGCGCGCAGCUGGAGGGCGACGUGCAGCGCGCCGCCGCCGCCGCGCGCGACCGCGACCUCGCCGCCAAGAAAUUACAAGAGCGAUGCGACGGGUACGCUCGCACGGUGGCGUCGCUGGAGGACAGGUGUACGUCGCUCAAGGGAACCGUGGAACAGCUGUCGGCGGCGCUGCAGAAGGCGGCCGGCGCGGAAAGCGAACUACGGGCCGAGCUUGGCCGCGCCACGCGGCAGCUCGCCGAGGCCAAGACCAACGAGCACACCGCGCUCGACAAGCUCAGGCAGAUACAGAAGAGUAUUGCUACAUGCGAGAACGACAGACGCGUGUUGAGCGAGAAGUUAGAGAGCGCGAAGGGUGCACUUGGUGAACUGAAGCGGGUCAACGCCACCCUCGACGACCAGGUGCACCGCCUCACCGCGCAGCUAGCCAACAUCGAGGUGCAGAGAUCAGGCCUCGAAUCCCAACUGCGCAUGACAACCUGGGAUGGCAAAGAGAGCUGCGACAGCGAACUAGAACGUGAACUGCACAACCUGCAGCGUGAACGCUCCGAACUGAAGGCGAAGUGCGAUGCGCUCGCCGACACUGUUAGAAAGCUGGAGGCCGAGAGACGAAUGGUCAGACCCUCGGCUUUGCGCAGCAAGAGUCACGACAGGACCGAGAAGACUGUGUUCUACUCUGAUUUAGAUUCUGGUCCAGAUUCAACAAAGGACUCCAUCCGGGGCCCCUCUCACGUGUGUAGUUGCUACAAGGACUCCAUCCGUGGGGCCUCUCAUGUGUGCACCUGUUAUAAAGACUCCGCUGUGAAGGACAAGGGAUAUACCGACGUUAGCCUCUUGGAACUCGAGAAUAGAGAACUGCGGAUGAAGAUCAGGAGGCUGGAGAAGGAGCUCGCUGACAAGGAGUCGGAGUUAGCGCUAGCCCGCAAUAGAUACUUGAGCGACCUCUCUACGUGCUCGCCCAGUCGGCGCAGUGAUGUGGAGCGUUACCGCCAGGCGGCGCUGCAGGCCGAGCGCCUGCUGGAGACUAGAGAAGCGAACCAUCGACAACAGAUUCUACGACUUGAGAACCAGGCGGCGCAGCUGCGCGCGCAGCUGGCGGCGGAGGUCCGGCGGCGGCAGGCGUACGUGUCCCGCAGCGGCCGCGCCGCGCGCGACGUGCAGCGCCUGCGGGCCGCGCUCGGGGACUCGCUGCGGACCGUCUCGCAGGACCCGGCACUGGACUCGUACACUUUAGAGCACGAAGCAAGGAAACUGGACAGCACGCUGACGCACAGUCUGCCGCCGCUGAACGACAGCUACGACUCCUCCAAAUAAUUAAUCCCAUCUCUAUGUAAGUUUGAAACGGCCAAUGUUUGAAGAGGAAACCCAAAGACACUAUGAGAGCAAAGAAUAGAAGAGAGAAGAUAGAAUACAGCGCAUGUACAAGCUCAAGAUAGUUUAAAGGAAUUGUUGUUUGAAUUAAUCAGUGAAAACUUUACUGCUCAGAGGGACUACCAUGAAAUUUAAUUCCGAAUUUUCGGACUCAAUUUCGUGUUUUUGAUUAUACCGAAAACGGCCCAGUCAAUGAAGCUUAACAUUUGAUUCGUUAUAAAUUCUACUAUAAAAGUCUAAAAAAAGAAAACGAUAUUUUACCAUUUUUAAUCGGUAUGUGUCAUGUAGUUUUAAAAACAACUUUGUGUUUCGUUCGGCCCCGAAAUUUCGAAAACCAUGUCAUGGUAGACCCUCGGGAAUAGAGAGAAAUAAUAUUUGCCGGUGUGGAAUGAUACCUAUAAGAUUCGGUCUUCACUAUGUGCCUAUCGUGUUGUUAUUUCGACGAUUUCUCGUGUUCAAACUAAGCUUUAAUAAAAAAGCAAUUGUUUACUAUACUUAUGGCUCAAGAAUUAUAUAUGGCUAAGCGAACGAAACAUCAUGUGAAACAAAAAAUUUGAAAUGAAAACUAUACCAAGCCGCCUGGCCAGUGCGGUAAUAAGUAGUAGGCAAAUAUCCUCCUCGAAUAAUACGACAUUAAUGGGAAUUGAUGAAUGAGUAAGGAAUAAAAUAAAUGUCUACCUAAUUCCCAACUAAGCUGAUUUGCAUUAGUUAAUUUAUAUACAAAGAAAAAUAUUCGGUCUUGAAACAAUCGUGGAUGGAUAUGCUGAGAAAAAGUGUUAAUUUAGGAUCAUUCGCAAAUUUCUACCAACUUAAAAAUGCUUCAAAAAGAAUGCAGUUCUCAAUUCUAUUGUAUUUUUUUUUUUAUUUAUUUAUACUUACAAAAAUUAUAGUUAAAGUCUAUAUUGAAUGAAGACGUACAACAGACAAAUUUAACUCUGUAAGAGUUCUCUUCCAGCAAACUCUGAGUGGAAAGGAGCAUAUUUUAUAUUUGUUACCUCAUAUCAUCAUCUUCCUACCCUUAUCCCAUUCAUUUGGGGUCGGCGUAAUAUGAUUUUAUCCAUAUUACAAAAAGAUUUGGUUUUUUUAGUUUUACGACCGGCCACCUGCCUGACGUCAACCCUCUUUUUCUUUGUUACCUCAUAAUCACGGAAAAUUCUUUUUCAUCUGAAAGGAUAUACUUACAAAAUUAUUCCCAUAGAAAUUUUACCAAAAUCGUGUCAGUAGUUUGUUUUUUAAAUCAAAACAACUGGUCAUGCCAUAAAUUUACAUCGGUUUUUUUUUUAGGAAACAAUUUAAUUCUCUCUUUUAUAAUAAUAUACAAAGUGGGCGACGCGUACUCAGAGUACUCGACCGGUUUUAAUAUCUAUAUUGUAGGUAUCGCCCGCUUGCCUAUUACGUACCAGUCGAUCUAACUCAUCGUUUAUGUAUGUGCAGCUCAGUUGCGGUGCAGGUCACAAAAUCGAAUCCCAGGAUAAUAUUUUGAAUUUUCUAAUUCAUGUUUUGAUUAUUUAAAAGUGAUUCUCACUUACUCGUAUCUUUCGUAAACCAUGUAAAAUUGUCGUUCAUUCAGUCGUUUAAAAAGCUUUCGUGUAUAACGACGCGGCCUUGUAAUUCUUGACACCAGAGGGCGAUACCGGCCAUAGGGCGAGUACUCCCUAAUCCCUGGAUACAUUACAGAGCGCCAUCUAGUCUUAAACUAAGUAGAGCUUGACCUAUAUGUGUAGUGGAUAGACAUAUUGAAAUUAUUUAUAAAUAUAUACAAUAUUAGAUAUAGGAAAUGCACAGGUCAAUACAAAAUAUACAAUAGAGUGGAAAUUUUUGUAUUGUGAGGGUAUCGAGUAAAAUAGAUUUAGUGUGUUCUAGUGUCUACAUCAUCAACCUCGUAGAUUCCGUCUCAUAUUGUGAUGAAAGAGUACACAAUACUCUAUUUAUUUUAACGCUAGGAAAUCGUACACAGUCCAACACAUGCCUACCACUGCGUUUAAAAAAAAAACUAUGCGCAUAUAUUUAUUAUUAAAAAAAAUUUGAAUAAACGAUGGUGGAAUAGAAUAUUUAAAAAAAAAACUUUGAUUUAACGUUUCUUUUUUUUUCAUUCAAAAACUAAGCAUUUGGUGUGAAUAUUACGUAUUUUUAGUCGCUUUCGCCUCAUAAUGUGCAUGCGACAUUAUUUUACUCAGUAUCUAUUAAGUUAAUGAAAAAUUAUGUUGUAUAAUGAGUUUUAAAUAAUAUAGAUAGGUAGAUAGGUAUUUGAAGAUUUAUAAUACACUAGUGGAAAAAAUUAAGGGACCAAAAUAAAAUUCUAAUUUUUUGCGAUUUUACGAAUGACCGUGUCUUUGAUAAUGGUCGCAUUAAAGUAAUUUUACCAUUUUUAUCAAAGAUACAGCAUUUCAAAAAUCGUUAAAAAUUUUGUUUUUUUUUGUAUCCCUUAAUUUUGUCCGAUAGUGUAUGUAAACACGCGUAAGUAUAUAUUUUUAGUUAUGCUUUGAUGUAAAAAAAACAAAUGUAAAAAAUGGGCAAGAUUCUGAGGUGUCAUUUUUCUAAACCUAUCUUAUAUACUUACAUACUGUCAAGCCUGUCUCCCAUUAGGGUAGGCAGAAACAAUGGAACGCUAAAUGCUUCGAUUCUAUCUCUGUCACUCUUAAUCUAACCCCUUUAUUUAUAAAAAGUAAAACAUACAUACCUAUUUUAACUAUUACAUUCUAUUGUCACUUUCAUUCAAACUAGGAAUAUAGUUUAAAAGAAAAAGACAAAACAGUUCAAUAGAUAAAAUAGGUUUAUGAGAGGUUUGACAUUUUUAUCAAUAUUAAAAUGUCAAACCGAACCAAACCAAAUGGGUAAUAUUGUAAUUCGACAAUUUCUCAAAAUUGCUGUUUUUAUAUACUAAAUCUAAAUCAUGCACUAAAUUUAUAAUAUUUUUUACUUAAACUUAUUAGAAAUUUAGUUGAAAUAUUAAUUUUAGCUAUGGAUUUAGAGAAAUGUCUUACAAUCGGCCCCAUUAUAUUAGAAUUAAACUAUGCUUUAUUUAACCAAUUUUGAAAAGUCUGAAGCUAUCAGUUCAAAUCUAUUUUCUUAAUUUUUUUUUCAAAUUAAUUAUUUUGUAUCUAGCUAGGUAGAUAAGUGCUAAAAUUUCUGGUCAUGGAAAAGAUUUCUAGUCAAUCGAUGUAGUCAUUAUUAUAAAUAAGAUUAAAUAUUCCGUCUAGUGAGAUAUAUGUAAAGGUGCACUUGAAAUUGGGUAGAACACUCUAGUCGCACUCGCCGCCUCAUUAUCUUAUGAAAUAUAGUAUCCAACGCGUUAAUUUACACGUAAUUUGACGUCACACGUGUUUAUAUGUAAUUGUAUGAGGAUAAAAAACAUAGUAAAAUGUAUUUGUUAGUUUAUACCAGUUAUUACUGGGAACACUGUCGUCAUACAUUUUAAAUAAUGGUAUUUAAUUAAAUAAUUGUCAUCGUACUGCGUCCUGCCCUGUCCGAGUUACGUCAAUUAAUUAAAUUGAUAAAUGUGCAUUUAGAACAAUGGAAUGGUACUGCAGUAAAAAUAGAUAAAUAAACCGUCUUUUCUAAGUGCAUAAGAAUGAAACUCGAUGUAGGUAAAAUUUUUUUUGUAUAUUACUUAAAUUUUUUGCCUAUAUUGUUAUGCCCUAGUAGGGCAUCACAAAAUAAUUAUAAGAUCUCAAUACACUCUAUUCGGGUACAUUAUAGUGCUCCUUUGACUACCCUAUUAUUGAUUGUAACCAUGUGACUGAUCGUGUUUGGAAACAAAAUUAUAUGUGAAUGAUAUUAAUUUAAUGUAAGUUGUCGGACUUUCUGCCUAUAUUGUUAUGCCCUAGGAGGGCAUCACAAAAUAAUUAUAAGAUCUCAAUACAUUCUUUAUGCAUGUACAUUAUAUGUCUCCGACUACCUCAUUACGGAUUAUAGUCGUGAGCAUAUUUAUUUAUCAAUAAUGAACUGAUCGUUGCAUUUAAAAACUAAAUUAUCUAUGUAUGUAGGUAUUUAAGUAAAUUGUCACUCUGCAUGUAUUGUAAUGCCCUAGUAGGGCAACAUAAAAUAAUCCAUUCUUUAUGUAUGUAUACUAUAUAUAAUUGUGACACUGUAAUAAAAUAUACCGAGUUAUUAAAUGUCAAAUUCUUAAAUUAUCAAAAAUGUAACAUUUCCAUGUCGCUUUAAUUUUUUAGUUAUAGAUUUUGAAUUUAAGAUGAAUAAAAGAUAUUUGUAUUUAUAAAUUUGGAUAAUCUUUCAGUUACUUGAAUGGUCAUAUCAGACGUUAACUGUCCACAGCUGGACAUGGGCUUGCCUCUAUUAGGAGGUUUUGCCAGUAGUUGUCACGUUUAGCAGGCUGGCUUACAACAGCAGUUAGAUUUUGGUGAUGUUUAAAGAGAGACGCUGCUGGCCAUUCCUCGACCCUUAGUCUCUUAUGACAUUCAUGAGAAAGGAAAGGGUGAUCUGUUCUAUACUGGGACCACAAGGUCAAGUUACAUGAAUACUUCAUAAUAUUGAUACUGUUGCAAUCUAAUGGCAUUUAUCAGCACAUUAUCAUAAAGUCAAUUUUGCCGAUAACAAUAAAUAUUGUGGCGUUAUCUUUAUUGCCAAAUACAAGUAUAAACGGUAUCAGUAUCUAUAUAUAUUAUAUGCAUUUUAAUUGAAAAUAAAAAAAAAAUACUGAGUAUUUAAAAUGUCAAUUAUAAGAUUGUCUAUACGUCCAUAUUGUAUCAACCAAAUAGGUUCAUUGCUUUUACAAAUUAUUGUAGCACGACGGGAUUACUAUCUCAUCGGUAUAAUAACAAAAUUCAUACAAUUACACUAAGAUUUUUUUUUAGUUUUGUUUGAGAUCAUGUUAAAUAGUAAGCCUCUUCAUACAUUUGUGUUGGUACAUUGUUUUUCUAUAUAGCUUGAAGAUAGAAUCUCGACAUGUCGUGCUACUGUUAGUUUUAAAAGCAUCUAAUAUUAAUUAUAUUAGCUUAAGGUUGAAAAUAAAUUUUGAAUAAUUGGAACACCAUUAAAUUGGUAUAUGGUUAUGAGAUGUAAAACUGUAAUGCAUGUUGUUACCGUUUCAUAUGAAUUGAUAAGAAAUUUGAAAUACACUUCAAUAUUGUAUUGAAUUUUAUAUAGUUUGUCUCAUCAAGGUUUCUAGCAGCCUGAGAACUGAUAGAUAUUUUGCUCAAAAUACAAUAGACGCCAUAUUUGUCAUUCAAAGAAAAUGUUGCCUGUAUCUUUGGAACGUUGCCUCAAUGCGUAAAUUGUUUACGUUAACAAUAUAUUUUAUUACCGUCAUAAAAGACAGUUAAUUUUAUGACCAUCCUCAUAGUGGCAGCGCUAGAGGCACGUUUAUACAAAACGAGGUCUCGACUUCGAUUCUCAGUUGGGUUAAUUUUAAAUCUUCUAAAUUAACUCUACUCCGUAUGUAUCCAGAAGUAGUCUGAUUUAUCAUAGCAUGAGAUAUAUUAGCUUGAGGCCCAGGGGUUGUAAUUGUGCGACGCUUAUUAUUACCAAUUGUAACCUAGUACAGGCCGCGUUGGACACGGAUGGUCGACCCCAUUGUAAUAGUUUUGAUAAGCGUAGCAGAUAGCGUUAGCAGCUCUGUGAAAAAUAUUAAUACUUACACAAUACAUUUACUAUAUUAUGCUUAUGCGGCCUCAAUGUUGUGUGACAGGAUUCCAUUGAUAACAGGGCGAGAGUUUGUACGUUAAAAAUAAGGGAACAUCCUUAUCUAUUCUUCCCUCUUUACUUUUUUAAAUGUUGAGCAAAACCAUUGAAAAACACUUGUAUUUAAUUAUCGAAAUAUUGAUAAUCCUAGAAAAAUUUACGUAAGUUAGAGUAUGGUGUAUAUUUAUAACAAGAUGGCUGGCAUUGAAUUGACAAAAAUAAGGGUCUUUGAAAUUUUUUUUAUACCACUGAGAUGGCAAACAAGCAUACGGUCCACCUGAUGGUAAGCGGUUACUGUAACUUAUGAACGCCUACAAUAUCAGGGGCAUUACGCGUGCGUUGCUGAGCCCUGAAGAAACCUCUUUAAACCUUUAAUUGAAGAGCUUUAGAUACAGAACAUUUAAAAGUAUCUAAAGAUGCAACGUUAACAAAGUUAUUCAAUGGAAAGAUAAAUAGUUAUUUAGGAAAUAAAUAUAAUAAGUAAAUGAACUUGUUCACGUUUCUUUUUAUAAUAAAGGAUGACACUCAAGCGUACUGUCACCCGGAUGGUAAAUGACUACUGAAUCCCAUAAACACUAACAAGUCUCGUGCGUUGUCGAUCAUUGUGACACGUGUUUCCGUAAAUGUGUUCCCUACAAACAUUAAAUAUAUAUAUUUUUUAUAAUGCAUUAGUAAUUUAUUUAUUAAAAAGAUAAAAUAUUCCGAUUGAUCUUGGCAUUGUAUAGAUAAUAUUAAAAAUGUAUUGACCCUAGUUGAGACGCAUCGCUCUAGAGCGCAAUUGUAUGUAGAUUGAGCACUCUCACAUGCUUUAUAUAACCGAUUUCAAAAUUCUACAGUAUUGUUUAUUGUUAGAUAAUUUAUUUCGGUUGUUACACGCCCCCAUCGUGAGCUCGAUCUAUAGGCUAGACCUUGUUUCACAUGACCGGGCGCGUCAGAAAACUUGAACGAACCCGACACUUGUUUUGCAUCACAGAUUAGAUUGCUUAGAGUUCAUAGCUGUUAAGUUAGACCUACUUACUGUGUUCAUUUCCAUUGGACUGUGUCAAUUCUUAUGUUACUAGAAUAUCGACAUACGCCCGCCACAUCACACUGCCAGUAUGUUUGUUUAUUAUCGUGUACCUGUCCUCUAGUCAAUAUUGUAAGUGUAACACAUUUUAUGAAACUUUUUACACUCAUCUAAAUCAAUAAAAUAGUUGUAGCAUUUAA